UAUAAACAAAUCAGCUGAGGAUAUUAGAAAAAUACUAUAUGAUGCAAAUCUUUAUGAAGAAACUGAUACAAUUACCUUUGAACAAGCUAUAACAAAUGUUAACAUUGAUCAGUCUAGUAUGGAUGAUGAUAAUGAUAUUGUUUCAGAAGAGUCUUUUGAGUUAGAAGAGGCUUUAAAUUUAUCAAAUUCAUUAUUUUUACCAAAAACUAGUCAAACUGAGGCAGAUAUAGAUAAUAAUGUUUUAGAUACAGGAUCAA